UCUUUCUUAGAUUAUAUAGAGAAGUUUCCUUAACUACUAUUUGUUCUAGAAACUGGAACAACUCAAUCAAUAUCCAGAUUUUAACAACUACUUGAUUUUUGUUCUUACAAAAUUAAAAUCUGAAGAUGAGCCUACAAGGUCACUGAGCGGUCUGAUCUUGAAGAAUAAUGUGAAAGCUCAUUUCCAGAACUUCCCAAACGGGGUAACGGACUUUAUCAAAAGUGAAUGUCUAAAUAAUAUUGGUGAUUCCUCUCCUCUUAUCAGAGCCACUGUUGGUAUUUUAAUUACAACCAUAGCCUCCAAGGGAGAACUGCAGAAUUGGCCUGAUCUCUUACCAAAGCUCUGUAGCCUGCUGGAUUCUGAGGAUUACAACACUUGUGAGGGAGCAUUUGGUGCCCUUCAGAAGAUAUGUGAAGACUCUGCUGAGAUUUUAGAUAGUGAUGUUUUAGAUCGCCCUCUCAACAUCAUGAUUCCCAAAUUUUUACAGUUUUUCAAGCACAGUAGUCCCAAAAUAAGGUCUCACGCUGUUGCAUGUGUCAAUCAGUUCAUCAUCAGUCGGACUCAAGCACUUAUGCUGCACAUUGAUUCUUUCAUUGAGAACCUCUUUGCACUGGCUGGUGAUGAGGAAGCAGAGGUGCGGAAAAAUGUGUGCCGGGCACUGGUGAUGCUGCUCGAAGUCCGGAUGGAUCGCCUGCUUCCUCAUAUGCAUAACAUAGUCGAGUACAUGCUGCAAAGGACCCAAGACCAAGAUGAGAACGUGGCUUUGGAGGCCUGUGAAUUCUGGCUGACUUUGGCUGAGCAGCCAAUAUGCAAAGAUGUACUUGUGAGGCAUCUGCCUAAGUUGAUUCCUGUGUUAGUGAAUGGCAUGAAGUAUUCAGAUAUAGAUAUUAUUCUGCUUAAGGGGGAUGUGGAAGAAGAUGAAGCAAUCCCUGAUAGUGAGCAGGAUAUAAGGCCACGGUUUCAUCGCUCAAGAACAGUGGCUCAGCAGCAUGAGGAGGAUGGGAUUGAAGAGGAAGAUGACGACGACGAUGAAAUUGAUGAUGACGAUACAAUUUCUGACUGGAAUCUGAGAAAAUGUUCUGCUGCUGCUCUGGAUGUUCUUGCAAAUGUUUAUCGUGAUGAACUCUUACCACACAUUUUGCCACUUUUGAAAGAGUUGCUUUUUCAUCAUGAAUGGGUUGUUAAAGAAUCAGGCAUCUUGGUUUUAGGAGCAAUUGCUGAAGGUUGCAUGCAAGGCAUGAUUCCAUACUUGCCUGAGCUCAUUCCUCACCUUAUUCAGUGCCUCUCUGACAAAAAGGCUCUUGUGCGGUCCAUUACCUGCUGGACUCUUAGCCGCUAUGCACACUGGGUAGUCAGCCAGCCACCAGAUACAUACCUGAAGCCAUUAAUGACAGAAUUGCUGAAGCGUAUCCUGGAUAGCAACAAGAGAGUACAAGAAGCCGCUUGCAGUGCCUUCGCUACAUUAGAAGAGGAGGCUUGUACAGAGCUUGUCCCGUACCUUGCUUAUAUACUCGAUACCCUCGUCUUCGCCUUCAGUAAAUACCAGCAUAAGAACCUGCUUAUUCUGUAUGAUGCCAUUGGGACACUAGCAGAUUCAGUGGGACAUCAUUUAAACAAGCCAGAAUAUAUUCAGAUGCUAAUGCCGCCUCUGAUCCAGAAAUGGAACAUGUUAAAGGACGAAGACAAAGAUCUCUUCCCGUUGCUUGAGUGCCUCUCGUCCGUUGCCACAGCCUUGCAAUCUGGCUUCCUACCCUAUUGUGAACCUGUGUAUCAGCGUUGUGUAAAUCUAGUGCAGAAGACUCUAGCACAAGCCAUGCUAAACAAUGCUCAGCCAGAACAGUAUGAAGCUCCAGAUAAAGAUUUUAUGAUUGUGGCUCUUGACUUACUCAGUGGCCUGGCUGAAGGGCUGGGAGGCAACAUCGAGCAGCUAGUAGCCCGAAGCAACAUCCUAACACUAAUGUAUCAAUGCAUGCAGGAUAAAAUGCCCGAAGUUCGGCAGAGUUCUUUCGCCUUGUUAGGUGAUCUGACUAAAGCUUGUUUUCAGCAUGUUAAGCCCUGUAUAGCUGAUUUCAUGCCAAUAUUGGGAACAAAUCUAAAUCCAGAGUUUAUUUCAGUCUGCAACAAUGCCACCUGGGCGAUUGGGGAAAUAUCGAUUCAAAUGGGUAUAGAGAUGCAGCCUUAUAUUCCUAUGGUGUUACACCAGCUUGUAGAAAUCAUUAACAGACCCAACACACCAAAGACGCUGUUAGAGAACACAGCAAUAACAAUUGGUCGUCUUGGUUACGUUUGUCCUCAAGAGGUGGCCCCCAUGCUACAGCAGUUUAUAAGACCCUGGUGUACCUCUCUGAGAAACAUAAGAGACAAUGAAGAGAAAGAUUCAGCAUUCCGUGGGAUUUGUACCAUGAUCAGUGUGAAUCCCAGUGGCGUAAUCCAAGAUUUUAUAUUUUUUUGUGAUGCCGUUGCAUCGUGGAUUAACCCAAAAGAUGAUCUCAGAGACAUGUUCUGUAAGAUCCUUCAUGGAUUUAAAAACCAAGUCGGGGAUGAAAAUUGGAGGCGAUUCUCUGACCAGUUUCCUCUUCCCUUAAAAGAGCGUCUUGCAGCUUUCUAUGGUGUUUAAUCUAAUACACUUAAGCUGCGUCCCAGAAUUAGGGGUCCAUCAGUCUUGGAGACUAUAAGGGAGCCUCUGCACCCAGGGAAAAUGUUACCCUUUACAGGGGGGAAGGGUAAACCAGUAGGGAAUACAGUACAAUCCCAACCCUACUGGGAGGGGCGGGAGGGAGGUGUUGCCGUCACUGUAUUAAGUCGAUGUUGGGAAAUGUUUUAACAUCUGGAGCCUCUGUGGGUGGAAAUCUGUCUCCAAUUACAACUCUGCACUGGAUGUGAAGAAGCAAAAACUAUUCAGUCUACUCACAGAACAGUACUUUCUGGAAUAUUAUGGGGAAUUGUACCAAAACAAGAACCACAUAAACAAUGCUUAGGGAUAAGAAGGAGGAAAAUCCCGUGGUCCACAACAAAGGAAACCUAAGAGUGGGAAGCUACAACAGUAAGGAAGCUUUUUUCAUUAAAGGUUUUUAUAUAAAUUUUCCCACGUUACGGGGCCUUGUUUUUGCAUGCUGAUGAAGAACUACACAAAACUAACAGUUAAAAUCAGCUUGCCUCCCCUAGUAGAAGCAGGUUCUUGGAAGUUACAAUUUAAGGUACCCCCAAAAAGUUGGAAAUAAAACGAAACAAAUUUGAACAAUGAAGCACCCUGUGAGAUGCCAACGAGUCACUCCUUUUACCUUUGCGGGCUGGGCAGGGAGGGAGGAAUAAAUGGGGUCGGGGUAUCAGACUAAAGGUGACAUCUAAUUUUACAUUAAAACGUUAGUGGAUAUAAUUUCAUGGUUGUACUUCUUAGAUUUAAUUUCUAGGCCAACACGUUAUCUUAAGGUGCAGUUUAAGGUUCAGGCAUGCGCUCUGGCUCAUAGUGAUUGAAAGUGAUGUAAAUUAGUGGGACCGUAGCAUGCUUGCAUCACAUAGAGUGCAGUUGGUAUCCAUUUACCUAUGUUGCGCCAGUUUGGGUUGCAGUUUACCAGUUCAAUAGCCCUGCAUUAAAAUUACUUUAAGAUUUGUGGAUUUUAUUUUUAUUAAGAAUAUAGAUAUAUAAAGUACUGUAGUUUACAGCUAGGCCUUGAAAUAUCUUUUUAGGAUCUGUUAGGAAUAAGAUUGAUAUUGUAUUGUGUGUAACCUGCACAAUGUGGAAAGCUGAUAUACCUGUGCAAAAUCUCUGCCUCUGUGCUGUCAGUGUGGUGUGCUUUCUGCAUGGUUAUAUACUACUAGUGAUUUUAUCAAAUUUCAAAUUACAUGGUAAAAGAUCUGUAAAAGGCUGCAUAAAUGUUAGUUGGCACAUAAAGACAAUUGUAGAAGUUGAAACAGGAUUGCUAUAUUUCAAUGUUUAUUCCCACUCAACAUAUUGCCUCUAAGCUUUCCUUUUUUUAUUUUAUUUUAUUUUUUUGUUCAAAGCAUGAUCUUAAAGAUACGUUUAAGUUAAUGGAUGUAAUGCAGGGUUCCUACACUGUAUUGGCGCAUGUUGGUGGCCCUUUGUGCCCUAAGUAUAUGCACACAGGGUGCAAGUUCAAAGCUACAGAGUGAGAGUUGGUUUGGAUCCUCUUCAUUUCAUUUGUUUGACUUUUCUGUUAUUUCCCCCCCUCUACUUACAUGUAUUCCUGUGAAUAAAUCCUUGUUAAGUUAACCCUUUACUUUUCCUCCCAUGUGUAUUUUCUUACAUACUGUGAAUGUGAAGACCCUAACUGGUACACUUGAUCUUAUGUCCGUAGGAAAGUGCGAGUCUUUAUUAAUUUGGAUUGUCUGAGCAGUGUGUAUCCCAUGAUGAUGAAGGAAAAUGGAGAGUUUUGGGGAUUUUUUUGUUUUGGUUUUUUUUUUUUUUAUUUUUAGCUCUGCUGGUCAGAGAUAAAGCCACGCCUUUCCAUUUUUCAAUGCUGCAUAUUUAAUCUGCAACAAAUUGUUAAGCCAUAACAGCCUUUUUAUAUUUUAAUUUGUCACCUUUGCAUUGCAGAAUAAAUACCGAAUAACCAUUUUUAUAAGCAGUUGCUCCUCUUUGCAUGGUUCUGUUCUCUAAAAGUGUUGACUGAUAAGGCCAUUGCACUGAAGUGUGAGCUGUGUGCGUGUGACUUUAUAAAUGCAGUUUCAAAACAUUUCACAUGCAUGGUAGCAUGCAAAAAGGUUUUAGUUGUUGUGUAUGUGUUUGUUUUAACAUGUUGUUUUACCUUCUUUCCUUCUAGUUUGGCUUUGCAAAUUUCAGUCUGUAGUGCCUGAAAUAAAAUCAUCUACAAUGCCCAAUCAUUUUGUUAAUUUCAAGCUAGACUCAAGGGUGUAUGGCAUUUCCUUUUUAGUACAGUUACCUUACAGAGAGCUCAAAAUUUGCUUCUUGGGUUGGCUUUAAAGCCAGAGCAGAAUAACUGUUUUACCCUUGGGUUGUGUAUGCCAUGUAGUGCUUCAGAUGCUUUCCAAAACUUAACAUAGGCGGUAAUAGUCUUGCAUAGGUAGUAAAUAAACAGCCAGAUUCGUCUCUUAACAUACUAAAACAAAUAUAAAAACUUUCAAUAAAGUGAUAUGGACCUGUGAUAAACAAUUCUGUAUUAAGUAAAAGUGAUAUUGUCACCUGUCUGGUUAAGAAUAUAUUUCCAAUUUGGCAGUUAUGCAGCACAAAAACAAACAAUAUUUAGUUUUGUAGUAAAUAGAUUUGUUUCUAAAUUUAAUAACUUUAUAAUAGAAAAUUAAGUAAAUAUGACUGACAACCUAAGAUUAGGGGUAUUUUCUAAUGUAGUUUUCUUGUUGAGGCUAUUGUUUCUUCCUAAUUUAUAUUAUAUUUCAGACAACAUAGUAUAGCACAGGAAUUUGCAGAAGCCAUUUAAGUUUUUUAUUUUUAUUUUUUUUUUUUUUUGAGGUAAACGCUGAGUUAGCAUAUUUUGUUUUGAUGAACAUAACACAUCAUGGGAUAUAUAGAUAUAUAUAUAAAGCAACUUAAUUCUUGUGGUGCAGUCUUGAUAGCUUUGAAUGUUGACUGAAUGUCUGUGAGAUCGUGCGUUUGUCAUGGUUACAUUCCAGUGUUUCUGCCUCUUGGCAUGCUUAAAGCGCGGCUUCCUCCGCCUGCUCCUUUCACACUAAAAUGCUGUUAGUGUGCUCAGCUACAGAGAUAGCCGCUGCUGAGUGAUGUAGAUUUUCUACUUGAAUAUUUUUACGUUGUAGGAACCUCAGGAGGUCAGUGUUUACUGUUUGUAUAUGCCUUCCUUUCCUGUUUGGGCUUCUCUCUUUGAAGGAUUCUGACAGAACAAAAGCUGCUGAUCAACCUAAGUUGGGAACAGAAAGUGUGUCUGGUGGAGUUUAGAUGCUUACUUGGCAGUUCCAUGUUACAGCCCAUUAAUUAGCAAGUGAACUUAGUGCCACAGGUGUUCAUUUCUUCAGGAAAUGAUUUUGCUUUUUGUAUUGUCUAAUCUCUUUAAUGACUUCAUACUGUGUAAGAAAAAUCACUUUUGUAUUGUUUGUUGGUUAUUUCCAACAUAAUCAACUUGUAAAUAUCCUUAGAGCCAGUUCUGAUGCUUACAUUAUUGCUACUUGAUUUUGUUAUGCAACUUAGAUUUCAGAUCUUAAAACACUUAACCAAGCCAUUACAUCUUAAAACAAAACAAGUAGCAUACAUUUUGUAAUUAACAUUGAUAAACACUGUGAUUUUUUUGGUUAAGACUUUUUCAUUGAUCUGAAUUGCUUAAAUUGCAUAUAUUGUAAAAUAGAGUCAGAUGUAUAUUUUAAAAUAAUUUCAACUGACUUUCCUCUUACUGCUUUGUCUACUCAGUUAUGAAUAUUCAGAUACAAGUUUUAUCUCAGGUGAAUAUCCUUGUAUCAUUUUGCUUUGGUGACAUGUUUAUAAAGAAAGAUCAUCAUACUUAAUAGUCUUGGGAGGUUUGUGAGUUGUUUUUGUUGUUGUUGUUUAUGUAUUUUAUUGAUAAUCUGCCCAGUUAGUCUGGUGUUCCCUCCCUCCACCCCCAGUUGUCCUGUCAGACUGGAGCGGUACAGAAAGCUCUCACACUUAGUGUGCAGAUUCGUCUGAAGUUGAGUCAAGUUUGGUUCUCCUCUUUUCCAGACCCUCAAAAUACAAAAGUGGAACCUUUUCUCCCUGACAUAAAAUUCUCUGCAUAGUUGAGGUGCCAGAAUUAAAUUAUAUAUUAAACUCUUGUAUCAAUUUAACACCUUUGCAGUAAAGAAAAUUUUUUUGCUUCAUGUAGUUAAUUAUAUUCAUAUUGAAUGUAUUAACAGAUACCAGAGCAAAAGCAUUCUUCCCAGGAGAAGAGUGUGUCGUGCAUACCUAAAACCCUAAUUCCUUCCUUUGCUAAUACUACAGGUGCACACAGAUUUGCUUACGGAGUUACUUUUGCAAAUAUUACAAGGCAGGGAGACACUAAUUGUUGCUGCUAGUACUGUUUAAUAAAGUGAGCGAGCAUUGGAAUCUAAAAGGAACAUAGGGUCUUGUGGUUAACAGCCUGGGAUAAUUGAGAAGGAAAAAGAGCAGUAGCGGCCUGUGUUGGUAACAAUAUUAUCUAUCUAGUAUCAAUACCAUACAGUAGCAUUGUAUAUCAACUAGUGAGUGCACUUUGUAGUGUAUUACAUAUGGCAAUGCUUCUAAGGCCUCUUUCAAGUUAAGUUUCACAUGAAAGUUAUUUUCUCUUACCUGUAUGCUUUCUAGGUAAGUAGAAACUAGCUUCAGGCUUGAUAUAGAUCUUUUCCCUGUUGGUAUUACAUAUAUGUAGAUAAUUCUCAAUGCCUAAUUAUUAUACUUAUACAAUUGUAAGGAAUACACUUAAUUACAGCAACUGCUUUUGUGGUUUGUAUCCCAGAGUGUAUUGUGUUGAAAUAAAAGAUGCAUAGCAGCUGAAUGUAUGCAUGACUUAGAGGGAAGUUAAAACCGAUUUUCUUUUUCCCACCUCUGUACAUUAAAAACUAAGCCAAAUCUAUUUGCCAAUAGUAGAUCACUAAUUACAAAGCUAGUAGUUUGUCUUUUAGUAGGAGUUUUUGUUUGCCAUAAGUCACUCUUACUGUGGCUUGGUAUUAUGCAGGAUUAUCUCUUUCACAGGUGUAGUCAUCUUGCUCAAUGCCUGCUGUAACGUGGUUAGCCUAUAAGGCAGUGUUGUCCCUCCUGAUGUCCACCGGGUUCCACUAUAUUUUCCUCUUACCUUUUUGUCCCUGCUUUCCUAUGUGGAUAUAUAACCAAACUGAACUUCAUUGUUUUUUUUUUAAUGGAGAUAAUAUUAGAUAAUACUGUGUAAUUAAUUUUACUCAAUAGAUUAUCAUCUUAAGAGUGCUUAAAUGUGGUCAAUCACUUCAUAUUAUGAAAGUUUUACACUUAAUCUUCAUGCUAACGUUGGGUGCAAUAACUUAGUAGUACUUGCUUAGUUAUGAAUAACUGGAUCUUUCUGCUGACAACUUAGGUUGUAUGAGUUAUGCUUAAAAGCUUUAAAUCUGAUGUUUCCUGUACCUGCCACACUAUGUUAGAAUGUGUCCUUCAAACAUCCUCCUGCAACUUCUCAAACUGUACUCAAUUGAUAUUUCUUGAAGUCUAACUCUGUGCUGACAGAUCUUCAUUUUAAAUAGAAUACGGUUUUAAUUUUUGAUAAGCUGCUGAAUUUUAAAGAGAGUUUUUUGGGGCCACCAAAUAUUUUGGAUCAUGCAGAGAAUAUAUAUUGUACUGUAGUAAUUUUGUAUUUACAUUUGUAUGAUGUGACAUGAUAGACGUGAAUGUUAAUCACUGCUUGACUAUGUUAAUAAAGUUGUUUAACUAUA